AAACUGUGCCCCGAGGGCUACUUCUGCGACGGCACCCUGCAGUCGGACGCCCAGUGCUCCCAUGGCGUCCAGAACCCCGAGCCCUGUCCCGCCGGCCACUACUGCCCCAAUGGCACCCGCUAUGACACGGAGUACCCUUGCCCCGAGGGCACCUACAGCGCCGCUGUCAAGCUCAAGUCGGCCGGGGAGUGCACACCCUGCCCCGGUGGGGAGUACUGCGAGUCGCCAGGACUGGAGGCACCCACGGGCCCCUGCCAAGCUGGGUAUUAUUGCGUCCGUGGAGCCAUUACCAAAACUCCAGACGAUGGGGUGACCGGUGACAUAUGUCCAGUCGGGGCCUACUGUCCAACGGGAACAAACCGGACCUAUGACUGUCCACCAGGGACAUACAAUCCAACUGAAGGUCGUGAAUCGGUCCAUCAGUGCACGGGCUGCGAGCCCGGUGAGUACUGCCCGGACUACGGUAUGAACCAGACAGCUGGCGACUGCACGGAGGGAUUCUACUGCAGCGGGAACGCCUCGGUGGCGGCGCCGACCGACGGGGUGACAGGUGAUGUUUGCCCCAUCGGUUACUACUGCCCAGCCGGCACCUCCCUACCCAUCCCUUGCGAUCCGGGGACCUUCACCGACACCGAGCAGAACGCGGUGUGCGAGCCAUGCACGCCAGGGCACUACUGCACCAUGGGCACCAACCCACAGGAUUGUCCGGCCGGGUUCUUCUGCCCUGAAGGCACCGGCCACGUGUGGCAGCCUUGCCCCCUGGGGACGUUCAGCGAUCAGACGGGCUUAUCCAAUGAGACCCAGUGCACCCAGUGCACCCUGGGUAACUAUUGCGACCAGCUGAAUGCAACCUCAGUGUCAGGACCUUGUGAUCCAGGCCAUUACUGCCGUCUUGGCUCCGACUCCCGCACACCGUCUGAGCUGUCGAGAGGCGAUGCCGGGGUCUGCCCGGCAGGCUACUACUGCCAACAAGGUACUGGUGAGCCCGAAGCCUGCCCGCCGUCCACCUUCAACAACGACACAGGACGCCAGUCUGUAGAUCAGUGCCAAGACUGUCUUGAAGGCCACUACUGCGACAUUCCCGGCCUGGCCUAUCCGGCCGGACAGUGCGAACCAGGCUACUACUGCAAGCUGGCCUCCAACUCCUCCAACCCUUCCACCACCACAGCCUCGGGCGGCCCUUGCCCGGCCGGCUCCUACUGCGUCAUGGGCAGCAGCGACCACACGCUGUGCCUGCCAGGCUACUACAACCCGGUGGACAAGCAGAGCGAGUGCCUGGACUGCCCUGCCGGCUACUACUGCACCGAAGGCAGCGUCACAUUCGAGGACUGCCCUAAAGGCCACUUCUGCCCCAAUAACACGGAGUUUGCCGUCCAGUUCCCCUGCAACAACGGCACCUUCAACAAUGCCACGCGGGGCCGGGGCGUGGAAGCCUGCGAGCUCUGCACCCCAGGGAUGUACUGCCCCGACCGGGGCAUGGAGGUCCCCCAGGGGGAGUGCGCUGAGGGCUGGUACUGCACCCUGGGGGCCUGGAAGGACAUGCCCACCACCCUGGGGAAUGACACUGAUUCAUCCUGCCACUGCCCGGCUCAGACCACUGGUGGCAUGUGUGUGGCCGGCGAGUACUGUCCCAGCGGCUCCGCUGCCCCCAAACCCUGUGACCCGGGCUUCUACUGUCGCUACGACGAGCUGCCAUCUGUCAGUGGUGCCUGUUACGCUGGCUACUACUGCACAGGUAGCGCUAUCUUGCCGAACCCUGUCAAUGACACGACAGGUGAUAUCUGCCCCAAGGGUCAUUACUGUCCCACGGGGAGCAGCAGUCCGGAACCCUGCCCACCAGGGUCCUACUCCAACCGCUUUGCCAACCACAACCUCACCGACUGCCUGCCCUGCACAGCCGGCAUGUACUGCAGCGGCUGGGGGCGGGACCUGCCCAACGCGGAGUGCGACGAGGGCUGGUUCUGCUGGGAGAACUCCACCGUGCCCCAGCCCCCGGGAGCCCAGUGCCUGGCUGGCCACAGCUGUCCUCGGGGUAGCCCCGACCAGAUGGCCUGCCCCUCGGGCAGCUACCAGCCCUCGGCAGGGCAAGGGGAAUGCCUGGUUUGCCCAGCAGGUUCGUACUGCGACCAAGAUGAAGCUAUAGCAGAGGAGCAGAGUGGAGUGGGAGCACCCUCGCAUGGUGUAGUCACGCCCAAGGUUUGUCCAGCAGGUUUCUACUGUCCCGAGGGUACAGAGACAGAUCAGCAGUACCCCUGCCCCAGGGGCACGUUCAGUAACGUCACAGGGUUGGAGAACGAGACCCAAUGCAGGCCCUGUACAGCAGGCUACUACUGCGAGGCCACCAACCAGAUCGCCCCUACAGAGCUCUGCGCAGCCGGUUACUACUGCGUCCAGGGAGCGGUCACUGCGACCCCUGACCCAGCGGAUGCCACAGGCGGGCCCUGCCCCGCGGGCACCUACUGCGAGUCGGGCUACUCCUGGUACGAGUACUGCCCCAAGGGGACGUACGGGGCCAUGGACAAGCUGACCCAGGUCGGCGACUGCACGGACUGUCCGCCCGGCGAGUACUGCUCGGAGGUGGGGCUGACGGAACCUGGGGGUGGAUGUUCACCAGGACACUUCUGCACGGGUGCGGCCGAGAAGCCCAACCCUGUGGGCGAGGCUUAUGGUGACAUCUGCCCCGUGGGCCACUACUGCCCCUCCAACACCUCCGUCCCUUACCCCUGCCCGGCCGGCACCUACCAGCCAGCCCUGCAGAGGACCAACGACAGCGCCUGCCUCCAAUGCGAGCCGGGGAUGUUCUGCAACGAGACAGGAGCUGAGAACGUGGCAGGUGAAUGCGACCCGGGUUACUUCUGUGUGGGCGGGGCAUCUUCAUCCGCCCCUACUGACGGCAUUACUGGAGACAUCUGUCCGCCAGGAUCCUACUGCGUUGUGGGUUCCUCUUACCACCAGUUCUGUCCCAAUGGAACCUACGUCAAUUUCUCCAUGGCCGAUGCUUGCGAGGAUUGCCCGCAAGGUCACUACUGCGUCCGUCGCAUCAGUGCCGACCCUUGCCCCCCGGGCUACUACUGCCCACCCAAAACGGGGGCGGAUCUGCGCCUCUGCCCAGCCGGCACCUACAACCCGGACUACGGGCUCUACCAGGAGGACCAGUGCACGCAGUGCGACCCGGGCAAGUACUGCCAGUACCCGGGGAUGGACAACGUCACUGGCGACUGUGCGGCCGGCUACUAUUGUAGCAUCGGCGUCAACACCGACCAGCCGUCCGGCAGCCACACAGGCGAGGGUGGUAUUUGCCCCAUCGGCUCCUACUGCCCUCCGGGGACCGCCGUGCCGUUGGGCUGCCCGGCAGGCUACUACACCAACGUGGAGCAGCAGUCCGAAUGCACGGAAUGCAAGAAGGGUUACUACUGCACGGAGAAUGCCACCACCUACGAAGACAGCAUCUGCCCUUCAGGUUACUAUUGCCCGGCAGGCACGCGGUACAGCUACGAAUUCCCCUGCCCCAAGGGCAGUUACAACCCGGUCAAUGGCAGCGAUGGACCAGAGGACUGUCUCUCCUGCCCUCAAGGCGAAUACUGUGAAUUUGAUGGCUUGGACCACACCAGCGGUUACUGCGAUGCCGGCUGGUACUGCACCGGCGGUUCCUACAUGGCUAGGCCGCUGCCAACGGCUAACGCUACUGACUACUCCGAGUGUACCUGCCCCUUAGCAAACUACACCGGUGGGGAAUGCUGGCCCGGAAGCUACUGCCCAGAGGGGAGCGGCUACCCGGUAUCCUGCACUGAAGGCCAAUACUGUAGGGAGUGGGGCCGGGAACAGCCAAACGGCAACUGCGACGCAGGGUACUACUGUGACGGUGGCAUUGAUAGGCCAGAUCCCCUUCAUCGUCUUUGCCCCACGGGAGCCUACUGUGAGGAGGGCUCCGUCACGGAAACACCUUGCCCGGCCGGCACAUUCUCCAACACCACAGGUAACAUCAAUGUCACCUACUGCCUGCCCUGCACCCCUGGCACGUACUGCGCAGGGACGGGCAACGUCGCCCCCACGGCUGACUGCGACCCCGGCUACUACUGCCCCGGUGGGCAGGACACGCCCACCCCAAUCGAGUUCAACUGCACCGUUGGACACUACUGCGCCGGUGGGGACCCCGCUCCUGAGCCCUGCAUCUCAGGGACAUACCAGGACGAGGAGGGGUCCUCAGAGUGCAAGCCCUGCCCUGCUGAAUACUACUGCGACGCCACCGAAGCUGCUCUGUCACUGGGAGUGGUCAGCUCGGGGGUCGUUGUGCCGACCGAGUGCCCGCCGGGCUCGUAUUGUCCCCAGGGCACAGAGGGCGCCAGACAGCACCUGUGUCCCAAGGGCUACUACAGCAACGUGACCCGGCUGCAGGAUGCGGGCCAGUGCCAGCCCUGCCCCGGCGGGACGUACUGCGACGGGGAAGGUCUCACCGUAUUCGCCGACGUAUGUGACGCCGGCUAUGUCUGCGUGUCUGCCUCGAACACCUCCCGGCCGACGGACGGGACGACGGGCUACGAGUGCCAGCCCGGCUACUAUUGCCCCAAGGGUAGCGACCAGGGGAUCAAGUGUCCUGAGGGGACCUUCAGUGACCGCUACGGGCUGGAAAAUAUGACAGAAUGUGAGCCCUGCACGCCGGGCCAGUACUGCCAAACAGCAGGUCUGACUGAACCCACCGGCAACUGCACCGCCGGCCACUACUGCACCCUGGGGGCGGUGGAUCCCAACCCCGCGGGCCAAGCCUAUGGCGACGUCUGCCCGGCCGGCUACUACUGUCCCGAUGGGACGGAGGACCCGGUGCCUUGCCCCGUGGGGACCUUCAACCCGCUCAGCCAGCGGCCGGCCCGGUCUGACUGCCUCAACUGCACCGAGGGGACGUACUGUGAUAAGCUGGGGCAGACCAAUUACACAGAUGAAUGUGAUCCGGGCUUUUACUGCGUCAGCGGAGCCUCGAGUGCUACACCUACAGACGGCGUAACUGGCGACGAGUGCCCGGCAGGCUACUACUGUGAGCGGGGAAGCUCCGUUCCCCAACCCUGCGACGACGGUACCUACAUGAACCACACCCAAGCUGAGGCCUGCGACAUCUGCCCUGCUCGCUACUACUGCGUCAACAAGGACCGAGCUGACCCUUGCCCGCUGGGCAGCUAUUGCCCCACAGGGCGGGGCUUUGACUAUGAGAUGUGCCCCCGUGGCACCUACGGCCCCGUCAGGAUGCUGGCCACUGCCGCGGAGUGCACACCGUGUGACGGCGGCAAGUACUGCGACCGCACGGGUGCCGACGCCGUCCGCGGCAACUGCGCCCCGGGCUACUAUUGCGAGACAGGCGUGGACACGGCCUACCCUGACAGCAACAAUACGGGCGUGGGCGGGCCCUGCCCUGAGGGUACCUACUGCCCAGGAGGCAAUGCGGCCCCCCUGGGCUGCGAGGCGGGCACGUACAAUGACCUGACAACUCAAGCGGAAUGCCAGCCCUGUGAGGCACGGUACUACUGCCCGGCCAACUCCACUACUUAUCUUGACACACCCUGCUGGAAAGGUUACUAUUGUCCAGAGGGCACCAGGUACGCCACAGAGUUUGCCUGCCCUGUCGGGACGUACAACAACCGUACCAUGGCUAACAAUGCGUUUGACUGCUUGCCCUGCCUAGGUGGGUGGUACUGCGAGGGCGAUGCUAACGAAGUCCCCACAGCACGCUGCGACCCUGGCUGGUACUGUAGCAGCGGGGCCUACUCUAAGCGACCCACCCCCUACGACAACUCCACCGGUGACUUCUCGGUCAGCGAGUGCCCCAUCUACACGUUGAAUUUCACCGGGGAUAUCUGCCCGCCCGGAACGUACUGCCCGGAAGGGUCCCAGUACCCGAUCCCUUGCCCCAAGGGCAAGUACUGCGAGGGCUACGCCAAUGAGAUCUACGAUGGGAACUGUAGGGCGGGCUUCUUCUGCAACGGCAGCGCGUCGGUCCGGGACCCCGUGGCCUGUAGCAGGGGCCACUACUGCCCUGAAGGAACAGAGGUAGAGGAACCCUGUGAGCCUGGCACUUACUCUGACCGGGAGGAGAACACCAACAUCACCGACUGCCUGCCCUGCACUGCGGGCAUGUACUGCGAAGAGUGGGGGCUGGACACGCCCAGCGGGGCGUGCGCCCGCGGGUACUUCUGCCCUGGUGGCCAGCAGACGGCUAGGCCGGACGGACUGGCCUGCAGCCCCGGUCACUUCUGCCUGGCCGGCAGCCACAAUGAGACUGGCUGCCCCAGCGGUUGGUACCAGCAGCACUGGGCACGCUAUGACUGCAACCUGUGCCCCAGGGGUGCCUUCUGUAGAGCUUAUGGUGACUACGAGGUCCUGGAUGCCGAAAACACCACGGACAGCGGCAACUUCUCGGGCCGUUAUCGCAGCUACCGCGGCGUCUCGGACCCGGAGAUCUGCCCGGCGGGCUCCUACUGCCCUGAGGGCACCAAGCAUGAGACAGAGUACCUGUGCCCGGAGGGGACCUACAGCAAUAAGACGGGACUGCACAACCACACGCAGUGCACCCCCUGCGACCCUGGGAUGUUCUGCCCUGGCGAAGGCAAUGUGGAACCAUACCAGCCAUGCACAGCAGGCUAUUUCUGCACCCAGGGUGCUGCCUCCUCCGCGCCCACCGACGGCACCACGGGCGACAUCUGUCCCGCGGGCAAAUACUGUCCCGAGGGCAGCGCAGUGGGCCAGAAGUGCCCCAAGGGGACCUUCAGCAACCAGCUGGAGCUGCGGGAGGCAUCGCAGUGCCAGAACUGCACGGGGGGCUACUACUGCGACCGGUCGGGACUGACCAGGGUGUCCGGUGACUGCUGGGCAGGUCACUUCUGCUCCGGAAUGUCAGAGGAGCCCGGACCUGUUGGCCAGUCCUACGGUGACCUCUGCUGGGCGGGGCAUUACUGUCCCAACGGCACUGCCUACCCAGAGGCCUGCCCGCCGGGGACAUACCUUGACGUUGUGGGUCAAGGGGACGUCAGUGACUGCAUCCUGUGCAGACCGGGCUACUACUGUGACCAACCUGGGCAGACGAACGUGACCGGGGAAUGCGAUCCUGGUUAUUACUGUGCCAGUGGGGCUAACAACAGCGCCCCCACUGACGGUGUCACAGGCGGUAGAUGCUGGGUGGGCCACUACUGUGAGUCUGGUUCCCCACACCCCACCCCCUGCACCAACGGCACCUUCUACAAUCGGACUGGGGCGGAGGAGUGCGACAUCUGCCCUGCCGGCCACCAGUGCAUACACGGCGACACGGCUGACCCCUGCCCCCAGGGGUACUACUGCCCCACGGGGACAGGUUACGACACCAGGUUGUGCCCGACAGGGUUCUUCGGGAACCGCACAGGUUUACAUCGAGAGGAUGAAUGCACCCCAUGCACAGGUGGUUACUUCUGUGCUACCCCUGGUCAAGCGGACGAGGACGGACAGUGUGACCCCGGUCACUACUGCGAGCUGGGCUCAGACACAGCCACCCCUACGGAGAGUGAUGGUCACAAGGGCGUGGGUGGAGUGUGCCCAGCCGGCAGCUUCUGCCCAAGGGGGACCGUCACCCCACGGGAGUGCGAUGCCGGGACGUUCACUGCAUCGCCAGGUCAGAGCUCCUGCACCACAUGCACAGCUGGUUACUAUUGCCCGGCUAACACCAGCGACCCGACCGUCUACCGAUGCUCGCCGGGCUACUACUGCCCACCAGGCACCGGCUACGAGACCCAGCACCCCUGCCCCGAGGGCACCUACAAUUCCCUCCCCCUCCAGCAGAAUAGUUCCUCCUGCGAACUCUGCCCUCCGGGUAUGUACUGCGAGGGCGAGGGGCUGGACCGUCCCACUGGCAACUGCAGCGAAGGGUGGUACUGCACCGGAGGGGCUGUGACGUCCAAGCCUCUGCCUCUUGGUAAUGCCACAGUGAUCUCUGACUGCACUUGUCCUGCUGUCAACUACACGGGCAACAAGUGCUACCCGGGGACCUACUGCCCGUCUGGCUCUGCUGCACCCAUCGACUGCACUGCGGGCUGGUACUGCGACGAUUGCGAACUUGCAACGCCCAAAGCCCAAUGUAACGCAGGUUACUUCUGCCCGGGGGGCAACGACAGUCCUGAGCCCCCCGGCAUGGAAUGCCCGGUCGGUUACUACUGCGAGCAGGGCAGCGGAUACCCGGAGGCAUGCCCCAAUGGAACCUACUCCAACACCACCAAGAACACAGAGCUCAGUAACUGUCUGCCGUGCACGCCAGGAUCUUACUGUGCCGGGGAGCACCUGCCCCAGCCUUCGGGCCCCUGCGCCGAGGGCUACUACUGCCCCGGGGGCCAGACUACCCGGGAACCCCAGGAAUAUGUCUGCUGGCAGGGCUUCAGCUGCCCGUCGGGAUCCCCUCUCCCCGAACUCUGCCCGCGAGGCACGUACCAACCCCAAGAAGGUCGGGGAUCGUGUGACGUCUGCCCCGAGGGCACCUAUUGUGACCCCUACGAGCUCUCCAAUGUCACCGGAGUCAUUGCACCCCCGGAUUGCAUCCCUGGUCACUACUGUCCGAACGGGACCAAGUACGCGGAGCAGAACAAGUGCCCCAUCGGGACUUACUCCAACAUGACAGCUCUGGCCAGACAAGACCAAUGUGAGCAGUGUGACUUUGGUUGGUACUGCGACACGGCAGGCCUGACCGCGCCGAGGGCCAAGUGCCAGGCGGGUUACUACUGCAAGCGAGGAGCUAGGGAACCGGAUCCGACGGAUGGGAUCACCGGCGACGUGUGCCCGAUGGGGAAGUUCUGUGUCGAGGGAUCGAUAACGGGUGAAGACUGCCCCAUCGGUACCUAUGGCAAUGACACCGGCCUGCGGACGGCUGGCGAGUGCCCACUCUGCGACCCUGGCUGGUUCUGUCCUGACACUGGCCUGACUGCCCCCGACCAGCCCUGCUUUGCCGGGUUCUACUGCGUGCUGGGUGCCUCCUCGGGCAACCCGGAUGGCGAGUCUUACGGCUAUAAAUGCCCCGAGGGACACUACUGCCCGGCUGGUACCCCUGCACCGGUGCCCUGCCCCGUCGGAACCUACAACCCUGAUAUAGGCAAAGAUGACCAGAGUGACUGCAGAGCCUGUGAUGGCGGCUACUAUUGCCAGUAUGACGGCCAGUCCAAUGUCACUGGCCAGUGCUACGAAGGGUACUACUGUGCCGGCAAUGCUAGCAUCCCUAAUCCUGAAGAUGGAAUUACCGGUGACAUCUGCCCGGUGGGUCACUACUGCCCAGAGGGCAUUGACCGGCCACUGCCCUGCCUCAAUGCCACCUACAUGAAUGAGACAGGGGCGGCCGUGUGCCUGGUCUGCCCGGCCGGCAACCAGUGCGUGAGCGGGGACCAGCCUGACCCUUGCCCGGCGGGCUACUAUUGCCCCCGGGGUACGGGCCAUGACAUCCGGCCCUGCCCUGAGGGGACGUACGGCGCCUCGCUGGGGCUGACCCAGGAAGGGGACUGCAAGAGCUGCACGGGUGGGAGCUACUGCGACACGCCCGGACAAGGCGUGGUCGGUGGCGACUGCAAUCCUGGGUACUUCUGUCUCUCUGGUGUGAAUAUACGCACCCCCAAUGGAGUAAAUAACACAGGUGUGGGUGGUAUCUGUCGGGCCGGUUACCGGUGCCCUCAGGGCUCCCCGGCCGAGAUCCCCUGUUACGCCGGCACGUACACUGGACAGGACCAGAUGGCCGAAUGCGACAUCUGCCCUGAAGGCAAAUAUUGUGGGAACAUCACAGUGGUUCCGUCAGACUGUCCAGCCGGUCACUACUGCCCGGCCGGCACCGAGUACAGUGACCAGUACCCGUGUCCGUUGGGCACUUACAACAAUGCUACAGGCCAGGGUAACCUGACCAGCUGCAAGUACUGCCCGCCGGGCUGGUUCUGUGAGUCCACGGGCCUGGUCAAUCCCUCGGGCCAGUGCGACCCGGGCUUCUACUGCAGCGGCGGGUCGGACAAGCAGAGACCGUUCGACGAAGGAGAGCUGGUGACUGUACCGACUCCUGGAUAUGUGUAUCCCAACGACACCUGCCACCCACACUUUGACUGUGUCUGCCCUGCGUUUGACAUGAGUACCGGUGGACUGUGUGGUCCGGGCUACUACUGCCCCAUGGGGUCGCCAGCUCCAGUCAACUGCCGGGGAGGCAUGUACUGCGAGACACCAGGCCUUGAGGAGCCCACAGGCAACUGCACAGCUGGCUUCUGGUGCAACCACACCAGUGCCGUGCCUGACCAGUACGUCUGCCCCGCCGGUCACUACUGCCAGGAGGGGACAGCUGUGCCCACCCCUUGCCCGGAGGGUACCUUCAGCCGCACCCAGAUGAACACAGGGCCACACAACUGUGAGAACUGCACCGCGGGGCACUACUGUGAAGGUGAAGGGAACACUGAGCCGGAUGACAAGUGCGCCGAGGGCUACUACUGCCCUGGGGGACAGACCGUUGAUGCACCCCCUGACCUGCAGUGUCCCAGAGGCUACUCCUGCCCCAUGGGAUCCUGGGAGCCAUUACUCUGUGACAACGGCACCUACCAGGGACAGUUGGGUCAAGGGUCAUGCGACAUCUGCCCUGGCGGAUCCUAUUGCGACCCGUAUGAAGUGGGGCCCGUGGUCACACCGGCCAACUGUCCCCAGGGCUACUUCUGCCCACCUGGCACCAGGGAGGGUGCCACCCAUCCCUGCCCACCGGGGACGUUCGGCGAGACCAUCAACUACGACGAAGUGACAGACUGUGUGCAGUGCCCCGAGGGCUUCUACUGUGGGACGCCAGCAUUGCGGGAACCCACGGAGGAGUGCUACGCUGGCUACUACUGCACUGGGGGAGCGUCUAGCCCCACGCCCUAUGACGACAUGGUGGAUCCGGGCAACAACACCACCUUCACCGGUAACGACGUCUGCCCCACCGGCUACUACUGCCCCAACGGCACGGCCUACCCGGAGCCCUGCCCGCCGGGCACCUUCUCGGUCAACACCCGGGUCACCUCAGUGGACGGCUGCGAGGACUGUCCCCGGGGCCGCUGGUGCAACCUCCAGGCCUUCGUCAAGGUGGACACGGCGCCCAACUGCGCACCUGGCUAUGUCUGCACCGGGGGCAGCGAUACCCCCACCCCAGAGGAAGGCUCUGGCAUGGGCUACCCCUGCCCGGCAGGCCACUACUGCCCCGAGGGUACCCUGAGCGAGAUAGGCUGCCCCGUCGGCACGUACCAGAGCGAGCGGGGCAAGGCCAACUGCACCCUGUGCCCCGACGGCAAGAUGUGCGACAUGGUGAACAUGACCGGGCCUUCCCCUUGCAAGACAGGUCACUACUGCAUGGAAGGCGAAGAGUUGCCCAUCCCAUGCCCGCCAGGAACCUUCAACAACCAAACUGGACUGGUGAGAGAGGAAGACUGCACGGACUGCAGCCCCGGCAAGUACUGCGAAGGGCCAGGAAACAGCUACCCGUCAGGUCCGUGCAGUGCCGGCUAUUACUGUCAAGGUAAAGCUCUGACCGAGAUCCCGGUGUCAACUCCUGGUUAUGAGGAGAAUGGUCUCUGUCCGGCGGGUUACUACUGCGAGCAGGGUACGCCAUCCCCAACGCCGUGCCCUGUCGGCACUGUCCGUAGAGUCGAAGGUGGUUCCUCCGUCGAGGACUGUUCCCCCUGCCCUGGGGGUUACUACUGUGAGGAUGAUGGCCAGACAGACCCCACAGGCCCCUGUAAUGCUGGCUUCUACUGCCCCGCAAACCACUCCACCGUCUACCCGACCCCGGCUGAGUUUGAGUGCCCCAUCGGCCAUUACUGCCUGAAUGGCUCAGCUGUGCCCAGCCCAUGCCCUGUGGGCACGUACCAGCCCAACAUGCGGAGGGACUCGUGCAUCGACUGUCAGGCGGGCUUCUACUGCGAGAGCGCCCUGUUCCCGGACCCCAAGCCCUGCCCGCCGUACCACUACUGCCCAGCCGCGACAAGAUACCCCAUUCCAUGUCCCAACGGCACCUUCACGUAUGACACGGACGAAGGUCUCAAGGAGAAGUACGAGUGCCUACCAUGCCUGGCCGGAAUGUACUGCCGCGGUGGCCAGCUUCAGGGCAACUGCUCCGAGGGCUACUUCUGCCUGAGCGCCAGCCACGAUUUUACCCCGGACGGCGACCUGCCAGAUGUGGAGAACUUCGACCAGGCCCAGUGCCCGCCCAACACAACCUGCGCUGGGCCCUGCCCACCGGGCCACUACUGUCCGGCCGGCAUCGAGGACCCCAUCCCCUGUCGGAACAAUACCUGGCGGCCGGACGAGUUUGGCAGCCGGGAGGAAGACUGUGCGCCGUGCCCGGCUGGCAAACACUGCUUGGAGGGUGACCCCAUGUUGUACCCCUGCCCCUUGGGACACUAUUGCGAGGAGGGUGUCGGCCCUGUGGAGUGCCCCUUGUACCACUAUCGGGACAUAGUCGGAGCCGAGAGUCGUGAAGAAUGCUUCAAGUGCAGGGCUGGGUACUUCUGCAACGAACUAGGAAUGACAAAUACCACUUACUUGCCCUGCUACGAGGGCCACUACUGUGAGGAGGGUACCACGGAGCCCCAGCCCUGCUCCGGAGGUCGGAUGAGCACAGAGACAGGCCGGGUCAGCAACGAGGACUGCCCGCUGUGCACAGCUGGUUACUACUGCCCCAAUGACACGGUCAAUGUGCACGGCAUCCCCUGCCGUGCAACCUAUGAAUGCCCUGAAGGGGCUUCCACUGAGGUCACCUGCAGGCCUGGCCACUACUGCGAGGGUGUGACUGGCGUGCCCCCUGCCUGCCCCGGCGGCUACUACUGCCCCCUGGGCUCGGCCGCCUUCACCCGCUGCUUCUACCCGCAGUACUGCCCCGAGGGCAGCGAGGUACCCCUGGAGUGCCCACUGGGCAGCCGGGCGGUCAACCACGCCGGCCUGAGAUCAAGUGCGGAGGAGAGCUGUAGCCUGUGCCCCGCGGGGACCUUUGGCAACCACACCGAGAGGUUCUGGUGCGCAGAGUGUAUCGAGGGUUACUACUGCCCUGAAGGCACCGGCAACCCAGAGGACUACCCAUGCCCCAUCGGCUACUACUGUCCGGCCGGCUCAGGGGAGCCCACGGCCUGCCCUGUCGGCCAGUACGGGAACAUUGUCAGGGCGGUGUCGUCGGACCAGUGUGCACUGUGCCAGCCUAACACCUUCAACAACAUGCUUGGCCAGAGGGCGUGCCGGCCCUGCGGCAGCUCUGCCUCCUCUGUAGAAGGUACCUAG